AUGGCAGAAACAACAGCCCUCGACCAGAUUCGUGCAAUCCCUGGCCUCUACAUCUCAGAUCAUUUCUCAGCCCAGGAUAAAGCCCUUCUAGCCAAACACCGCAUCUCACACAUCCUCUCUAUCUUACGAUGGGAAGACCUCCACAGCAAUGGACACUUUCAUGAUUCUACCCCAGCUCCUCAAGGUACCAUAGGACCUGCGAUACAACGCAAGCAGGUUGAGAUAGCCGACGCAGAAACGGAAGACAUCCUCACCCGUUUAACAGAGAUGACCGAUUGGAUCCAUGAUGCUCUUACACGACCACAUCCGCACGGCAAUGCGAAUACAGACAGCACCGAGAACGGAUCAGCUGGGCACACUGGGGGCUGCGUCCUCGUUCACUGUAACAAGGGGAUAUCGCGUUCCGGGGCGGUUGUUGUUGCUUAUAUAAUGAAAAACCUUGCCACGCCCUACGUUCAAUCGCUAAAUCUCGCGCGGGAAUCGCGGAGUCUGAUUGAGCCGAACUAUGGGUUUGAGUGUCAACUGCGGCUUUGGGAGGGAUGUGGGUAUAGUACUUUCGAGGGGCCAGUGAGUGGCGAGUGUCACUUUGAGCCGAAGGGCAAAAAAUGA